AUGACGACAACGGAAACGUCGUAUCGACCAGGAGAAUACGGUUACCAGCAAAGGAGGCAGCAGGGAAGAGGCGGCCAAUCUUGGAACCCUACAGGAAGACCUUCAGAUCGAUCUUUUAGAUAUCUUAGGUUUACAUGGUCCGAAGACAGAAAAACGGUGGUCUAUUUUUGCAAUACAACAAUUCUGCACGUGGAUACUGGUUUCUACACAGCACCUUACAGGGGAGACCCUUUGGAUUAUUCAUAUAAUCAAUUCACCGGAACAGUACAAGUGAUGAAGGCUGUGAAAGACCAUCUAGUAUUAUAUUUCUGCGAACGUCUUCCUGACAGCAGGCAAUUUACCAUCGUCCUGUCCAGACAACUUCGCCAACUUGAUUCACAGGAAAUUCAUGGCAUCCACAGCCUUUUGCGAAGGCGCGGUUUUCCGUGGCCCAUGUCACGAAAGUCUGCAACUCAGUCAGCGGAUUACAGGCGAGCUUCCUCGCCACCGCCCUUACGAUAUUGCUAA